AGAGGUCUAACUUUGCGAGAAUGAAGAGCCUUCGAUGUCGUCGUCUAAUUCAUUAGCAUAUUCCUAUCUGGUUUGGUUCACAAUUUUCUAGGCCAACCCCUUCGAGGCAUAUACAAUGAGAAGAGAACUGGGAACAGGAAGCACACUGCAUCCCGCAUGAGUAUCUGAAGUUGGCGUCAUGCUUGACGCAAGUGCUCUAGAGAGUGCGCACAGUAAGUCUCCGCUGGAAAUAAAUUAGCCAAUUCUUCAGUGUACGACCAAAUUGGUGGCGAGGGCGAGAGGCUUGUCAUGGGAGGAGAAAUGCAUUGUCAUCAACAGAAUGCCACUCAGAAAGAAUUAAAGCAACCAAGAUAGCAGAGCUCGAAACACCAAGAUCUGCCAAGGCCCACGACGGGGAUCAGCAUUGAGCUCACGUAACCACUUCCUCACCCGCUCGCAACAGAACCGAAUCAAAUCCUCGCGAAAUCAACCUGCAUGCCUGGAAGUAACAAUAUAUACUGGCAUCCAGCUAUUGCAAGAUAUUUCGCUUCGACCUCCGAUCAUUGGCACCACUCAAGAAAGUCAAUUAAUUUUCGUCGAGCAGACAUGGUGCUGGUUGAGCAUGGCCUAUUAGAGCCGCCUGACCUCUCCACGAUCAUAAACGAUCAUGACCAGCUUCAACCCACUCCGCAACAGCUGGAAAUUGCAACGGAAAGAUCCCGUGAUUACUGGUAUCAUCUUACUGCAAUGGCAAUUAGCCGGCACCGCACAGGAAUUCCACCUACCUUAACGAGCCUUCGAAAUAUCCUAAACCGCGUCCCCGCAAUCAGCACAAGACAAGGAAAAACCAUGAUAUUGCAUCUUGGUUCAUCCCCGAGCGAAACACUUUGCAUUCAAACAUCAUCUGUCUGGCACGUUACUGGCACGGCAAAAUGUGGCCUUGUUGGAAAAAAAAGAGAGAUUCCCGGACUACUACAUAUAGGCAGCCGCACACCCAUCCCAUGUGGAUUUAGCGGGGAGAGCUUUCGUCAAUGGCCUAGUAUUUCGGGCGAGGGAAACCGAGCACCAAGUUACCUGGGAAUUCUAGCCCUAGGCUGGUCAUAUAUUCUCUCUGCUCGGCUGUUGGAGUUACAAGUGGACAACUCCGAAAUGGCAUAUACAGAUUCGAAGCCCACAAGGAUUCGACAGGGCAAGAGUCAUGAUUGUUCCUCGCCAGUCACCAUCGAUAUCGGCAAGGUAGAUGAAGACGUAGCGAGAUGGUGGUGCGCUAUCUUGGCACCCGGCCAAGGUUGGAAAGCCAUCAUCUCUCGACAGAUGGAUCAAGAGUUUGUGACGCCUUGGUCUGUCUCAAUAAACGAUAUGCAUGAUAUCGAAAUCAGGUGGGAAUCGAAGGAGCCAGUUUCCAAAGGCUUUGCUGCUUCCAGUCCUCCGCCAUCCAAAAAAGCGUUCGAGAACCUUGCGCAGUUCUCCCAACGACAUAAUUUGGAUAGCCAGCUGCCCGUUGCUCUUGCUACAGCAUUGACUUUUCCGGCGCAUAACUACCAUGGCACGGCUAUUCAAUUACCUCUUCCAUUACCUCUUCCUGCUAAUAAUCAUACCCAACAGGGAGUCGAUUCCGUCAAUUCAACUGCACUGAGCUGGCUAACUGUGGACAACGAACUUCCCUACUACAUGACGCUAAGCUGCAGCCCGGAAACAGUUAUAUCAGCUCUUUGCGGAAUGUUCUGGGAGCCCACCGUCACAUGCAAUAUGGUGAGCCCGUGGCUACACCCCAUCUUCCAAGAAAUUCCGAAAAGCCCAAAAUUUUCUUCCACUCCUGGAUUCUACUACGAAAUCCUCGCGGUCAUAUGCAGUUUCCGUCAACCGCGAAUAUUCACCCUCUGGCUCGGUGCUGUUACUAGUGGUUUGGCCCCGAUUAUUCUUCGUCGAGUCGAAAGGGGAAGACCUCCCGUUGACCCAAAUGCGUUUCCUUGGACAGGAUGCCCACAGAGUUUUAUGGAUCUCCCAGGAUCAGGGCCAUAUAUUUCGAAUAAGUCAUCUGAUAAAGUCCAAAGAGCCGAUGUGUGGCGUCUUCUGUAUCUGCCCCCUGUUGUCGACGAUGAAUUAUAUUAUAACAAUCCGCCGUUCACCCCGUGGGCUCCGUUCGGGAGUACCACUGCCGGCCAAUGUGUGCUGCGCGUUGCCACUCAUUUACAGUGCCCAAGGCACUAUCUUGAGUAUGCACACUGGAAUUGGAUAUUGGAGAAUGGGUCAAUCGUUGAAGGCCAAGGUUUUGACAAAACAUCUAGCCACAGAUCGGACGAAAGUAGCACGGCUAUUAACAUGUUGGAUACAUUGUUCCCACAAAGAUCUCCCACCCAAGAGGCGUCUCGGGAAGCAUCGCUUGAUAUAUUUCGAUGGGUUAUGAUUAACGGCGAAGGAACACCCCCUGAGAAAAUAUACAGAGAUGAGUGGCUCCAACUUGAAGAUGAGAGUGACGAAGAGACAGGCAUGUCGGAUGACGAAAACAGUGCGAGCCAUGCUUCAGAUGAACGAUUAAAAGGACUUGAAGAGUGGCUUGGUCAACCCACGGCACUCUCACCGGUCCCAAGCUUUGACAAAGGCGCCAAGCGCAUGGAAACUGGUGCCGGCUAGCCCGACGGUUCUGGGGAACUUCCCCAAAAGUCGGGCUUGCCGCCAGGGUGGGAAUGACAUCUCUUGCAGAUCCUGUAAUGCACUCCAUUGCAAUUAAGACGUACUUGACAGCGCUUCCACUGCGUUCGGCAAUUCGGGCCCCUGCAUGUCUCGUAUGCGUGCUCAUUGUUCGCAUGCUGGCAUUCGACUGCCUUGCACCAACCGCUUCUACCAGAGGUGGUAUUCAUUGUCGGUGGUAUCUGUUCCUUAGAUUAUUACUCUAUCUCGCCCUUAAUUUCUGGAAAGCCUUACUUCGCAACUUGCUUUGUUAAUUAUUGUGUAAACUAGUGAGAGUCGCCGUCGAUUCUACUGUUCAGACAAUUCUUCAUCUCGAGUUAGACGAAAUCACUGAUUCACGGGUUCUGUCGAAAACAUACAGGCUGAAGGAGCUUCGAUGAACCGAGAAGCGGAGGCAAAGUUUGUGAGAUUAUCACCAAAGAAGAGGCUGAAAUAAAUCUCCAGCCCGACGUACAGCCGCGAAAUCGAGGAAUGUGCCCCUCUUUUAUUUGACCCUGGGUCGACGAAGGGCGCUCGGAUCGGCAUCGCCGACCGCGCCUCAUGUCUCCCUGGCUCGAUCAUGGUGAUACUUCAGCAGUUUUUACCUGUUUUAGCUUCAUGUAGCUGGGCAAAAGUGGUGACAUCUUGAGCGAUCAGACCUUCGCCAAGAUGUGCUAAUUGCUGGAAUAAACCAAUGCCAACCAGAUGGUUGACAUCGGCCUGGGAGAGAAUUCAUGCGUUGCUUAACUGAGCUUUCUUGGCCGGUGAAUACAAAAGAGCCACGGCGUUUGCGCCUGCACCUAAUCUUGAACAUCGGCCCAUUUGAGCGCCGCGGGUCAAGCCGGACGCCAGCCUCUGCAGAAGCGGGCAAGACGGCCCGUGUAGGUCCAGACGUCUUGAGGGGAAAAUACAUUGCGGGGCUACCCUUCUACUGUCGAGCUCGACCGGUAAUGUUUAGGAGAGACCAAAUCAUACAGAUUAACUUUGCAGAAAGAAGACUUGAGUGUGCAAGGUAUAUAACCAAUAUUUGUUAUGAACUCUUGUCAUG